AUGAGCUCCAGCACAGAAAAAAGAGCAACAUCAGACCAGGUGGCUGCAGUCCUUCAGAAUCAAGGUCGUAAAUUCUCGUUCGAGAUACAAAAAUUCCCGAUCCCAACCAUCGAGCCUAAAGAGGUUCUAGUUGAGUUAGAAGUUACUGGUGUCUGCGGAACGGACCUUUCAGUAGCCUGCGGCUACCUUGGACGAUGCCAAACAAUUCUAGGCCACGAGGGCGUAGGUCGAAUUGCCGCUGUAGGUUCUUUGUGCACAAGCAAAGCAGCUACGGUGGGCCGUCUGGUUGGCGUUGGCUGGAUUCGUGACGCGUGUGGAUCUUGCCACGUAUGUGAUGAUAUGAAAGAUGAGACACGAUGUCUAAAGCAAGUUUUCAGUGGGCGUGAUGUGCCGGGUACCCUAGCCAGGUAUACAGUCGUCCCGGAGAGGUAUAUCACGCCUCUGCCAGAUGGAAUCCCUAGCGAAAUGCUAGCCCCAAUAAUGUGUGCCGGUGUUACAGCUUACAAAGCGCUGAAGGUGGCGAGUCUCGCAAUAGGCUCAUGGGUCGGCAUCUCUGGAGCGGCAGGUGGAGUGGGAUCGUUGGCAUUAUCAUAUGCAAAGCAUAUGGGCUACCGGCCUAUCGCAAUCGACCGAGGAGAAGGACGGAGACUUCUUUGUAGAGAUGCAGGAGCCGAGGUGUAUUUGAAUUUCGAAAAGGAGGAAGACCUCAGGAGCGCCAUGCUGGUACAAACAGAGGGCAAGCUUUGUUCUGCGAUCAUCGUGUGUGCUGGAGCUGCAACAGCCUACGAAGAGGCCUUGAAGUGUCUGGAUUACCACGGAACUCUGGUCGCAGUAGGCAUCCCCCCACCCACUUCAAAGAUAUCACUUCACCCCCUUGAUUUGAUCGACAAUGGGAUUCGGAUUGUUGGGAGUAUCACGGGCGAUCGUGUGGACAUUGCAAAUGCUGCUGAGUUUGUUCGCAAGGGUUUGGUGAAGCCACGAGUUACUGAAGUUGGGCUUCACGAACUAGAGAAGUAUGUGGGACGUGUGAACGAACUGGACGGAAAACUUGUGGUGCGGCUGAGCGCAAAAGACGGGCGAAAAGACUUGAUGAGCUCUUUGUGA